UCCACCCAAAUUUUGUUCACCCAACACCAAUUUUUAGUCAUGCUAGUAUAUAACUACAAUCUCACACCCACGAUGCCUUAGGACUGAUCGGUUGUGAUAGUAAACAAAUUCUAGAUCUUGAAUGUGAUGAUAAAUAUUUUACUUUACUUUCCACUCACCAAAGCAUUUGAUUUAAAGUAAACAAGUCUUUGUUUAUUGAAAAACAAUUCAAUGUAAUUCUAUUGACAGAGUAAAUAAUUUUAUACACAUAAGUAUCACAACUGGACCACCAAAUCGCUGGACGAUUUGAACAUUAAGGAAAAUAGGUGUGGAUUACCAUGACAUUAAAGCAUCCUGGAAUGGCGCUUCCCAAGACUAUCCUCCUGGCUCUGUCUCUGUCUGCAACAUUUGCACCUACCGCCCAGGGUAGCUGCUCCGGGAGCGGAAAUUGCGAAACCAACAACCCACUUCUGAUUGAAGUAGACGUCUCAGGAGACGAAAUAAACAUUAAAUGGUCAUUUAAUGCAACAGGAAGUCAAGUUUAUGGCUUCCGCGCUCAGAUUUAUAACAAUGAUGAAAAAUUAAUCUUUGAGUCUCCGGUUCUUCUGAACUCCGAAACCAAUAUGGUCUUAACAUUAGAACUUGAUGGAAAAAAUUCAGUAUGUCUAAAAGUUCUUGCAAAUGCUACAACAUCAUUGCUUGAGAAGUGUGAGGAGGUGAAAAUUAAUGAUCUGAAGAUGGUUAUAGGCAUUCUUGCAGGGACAAUUUUUCUCUUUCCCUGCACUAUUGCCUUGACAUACAUUGUCCUCAAGGACCGAAAGAUCCAUAAAGGUGAGGAAUACUCCAAGCUGGAAUAUGAAAGUGUAGAAGAAAAGCCUGUCAUCAAACACACUGCUAAGGCUAUAGACAGCACAGUUGACACAAUCAGUGAAACUGGUAUUAAACCAGCCAAAGGUAAGAUCAAUCCUGGUUUUACUGCAGAAUCUGUAUCCAAAUCUACCAUAGUUGCCGCUUCUUUGCGGGAAACCAACAGGGACUCAGCAACCAAGAUAGCUGAUGGUUCUCACUUGAACAAGCCUUCAGAAAACACAGACAGUGAAACCAGCAAUGAUGUGUCAAGCCACCAACAGAUCACACAAGGAGAGCAUUCACAGGAAGACAAGGGACAAAUAUAUGUCAUCAGAAUGUAGCUGCACUCUUUACAUAUUUGUUACAAGUCAUUAAACUGCUGCCGUAAAGUUGAGUAAAUGUUAAUCUUGUAAUAAUUACAUGCAUAAAUACUUAUGAAAGUCCAAAUAUUGGAAUGCUGUAUCAGGAGAUCUGUUGAAAUAAAGGAUAAACAACAA